CCCACGCCGCCACCGGGAGAGAGCGGCGUCGGGCCCGCCCUGCUCCGUCCCGCCCUCCCAGCUGCCAGGUGAGCGGCGCCAGACCCCAUCGCCCACUAGGCCCGUGAGAGCCGCACCAGCCCCGCCGCCAGAGUCCUUAUGUUCACACAUGUCUCUGCUGAACUUGUAAAAGAGGCACUUGGAUGAUGGACUGAAAGGAACGUUGAGAGUCCGGGAAAAGUUUCAAAUCGGAGAGCUUUCAAUUUUCACCCUAGUCCGGCAGCUGUGCUGCUCACGUACAUACAGAUGAAUGAAGACCCCAUUCGGGAAGACACCUGGCCAGCGGUCCAGAGCGGAUGCAGGCCAUGCUGGUGUGUCUGCAAGCAUGAUGAAGAAAAGGACGUCCCACAAAAAACAUCGGAGCAGUGUGGGGCCGAGCAAACCCGUUUCCCAGCCCCGGAGGAACAUCGUAGGCUGCAGGAUUCAGCAUGGGUGGAAGGAGGGGAAUGGCCCUGUCACCCAGUGGAAAGGAACCGUUCUGGACCAGGUGCCUGUAAAUCCUUCUUUGUAUCUUAUAAAAUACGAUGGAUUUGACUGUGUUUAUGGACUAGAACUUAAUAAAGAUGAAAGAGUAUCUGCGCUCGAAGUCCUCCCCGAUAGAGUUGCGAGCUCUCGAAUCAGUGACGCGCACCUGGCCGACACGAUGAUCGGAAAGGCGGUGGAGCACAUGUUUGAGACAGAGGAUGGCUCCAAGGACGAGUGGAGGGGGAUGGUCUUGGCUCGCGCCCCUAUCAUGAACACGUGGUUCUACAUCACCUACGAGAAGGACCCCGUCUUGUACAUGUACCAGCUCUUAGAUGAUUAUAAAGAAGGCGACCUUCGCAUCAUGCCCGAUUCAAAUGAUUCUCCUCCAGCAGAAAGGGAACCAGGAGAAGUUGUGGACAGCCUGGUAGGCAAACAAGUGGAAUAUGCCAAAGAGGACGGCUCUAAAAGGACUGGCAUGGUCAUCCACCAAGUGGAGGCCAAACCGUCCGUCUACUUCAUCAAGUUUGAUGACGACUUCCAUAUCUACGUGUACGAUUUGGUGAAAACGUCCUAGAUGGCAUCAUGGACUUCGCCAAAUUUGUGGAACUAUUAUAUGUAUAAUUUGUAGACAUAAAGACUUGAUUGCUUUCCAGUUUAAUGAAAGCUUAAAUGUCCCUGCGAACCCACAAUCUCUGCCAGCAGAACUGGUUUUGUUCCGAAUAGUACAAAUUCAUGUGAACACAAAGCAUUUUGUGUAAGGAACUCCUUCCUCUUAAAAGAAGUCUGUCUGUCUGGAGGGGAGUUAACAGGCAAGUUUGGUACAAGUUAGGCUAGCCCCAUAGUCAUUUCAAACUGUAGUAGAUCUUCCCCACUUCCCCGCCACUGUUGCGCUCUCCGACUCUGCCGCCACAAUGCAAGCAUAGUUUGGUAUUUUUGUUAUUGCCUUUUUUGAGAUAUGUAUGUAUCUAUAUCUACCUAUCUAUAUCUGUGUGUGUACAUAUGUAAUAUAUACACACACAUAGAUCUGUGCGUGCGCGCGCACACAUACACUUAAUUGGCAGUCAUUUCUUUGUGGAUUGGGGCGGGGGUAAAUAAUAUUCUCCAGUUUAACAGGAGUACUUGUCCGAAGUCAGUCAUACUUAGCAUAUUACUGCUGCUUAUUUAAAAUUAAAUGUGGGCACAGGAGACACAGGGAUGUUCAGCUUGUUUUCAAAGUCAGAAGUUCAGACACCUUUUCAGUCUGGAGGCUUUAAACUGUGAGUCCAAACAUGAAUCAUUGGUGAGCAGUUGCUGGACCCACAUUAGGAUUUAACAAAACAGGAAUCUGGGUAAAAAGCUGCCUUUAAUUCUAAGCUUUGUAAAUUUUUGUUUACAUUU